ACUUCGCCCCCUUUUCAGCCCCGAAGAGCUCGCCUUCCCUCCUUCCUCCUUUGGGACUGUCUCCUCCUCCUCGGAGGGGGAGGAUGGAGUGGGGCAGCCUGGGGGCUCUGGGGCUUCCUCCCUCCCUUCGGGGGAACUGAGACACCCCCCAAAAGGACCCCCCUUCUCUGCUCUCCUCGCCCCCUCCGAAGGAGACUCGGGGGAGCCGGAGCCCAUGAGGAGGGGCCUUCCCUGCCCCAAGCGCCCCUCUCGGCCCCUGAAGGCGGCCAUGGGCUCCAACGAGACCUGGGACCCCCCCUCCAACGCCUCCUCCUCCUCCUGCUGCCCGGCUGCCCCCGAAGCCUCCUCGGAGCCGGAGCCCCACUUCGCCGCCCUGGUCUUCGGGGUCUUCCUCAUCCUCUUCAUCCUCAGCGGGAACCUGCUGGUCUGCCUCAGCGUCUGCACCGAGAAAGCCCUCAAGACCACCACCAACUACUUCAUCGUCAGCCUCGCCGUCGCCGACCUCCUGCUCGCCCUCCUCGUCCUCCCGCUCUACGUCUACUCCGAGUUCCAGGGAGGUGUGUGGUCCUUGAGCACAGGCCUGUGUGAUGCCUUGAUGACCAUGGAUGUGAUGUUGUGCACAGCCUCUAUUUUCAACCUCUGUGCUAUCAGCGUGGAUAGGUUCAUUGCGGUCUCCAUCCCACUGAACUACAACCGUCGGCAAAUCGAUCUGCGGCAGUUGAUUCUCAUUUCCACCACCUGGAUCUUCGCAUUUGCUGUGGCUUCACCAGUCAUCUUUGGCCUCAACAAUGUUCCAGACCGGGACCCUUCUUCGUGUCAGCUGGAGGAUAACAGUUAUGUUGUGUACUCCUCCAUCUGCUCCUUCUUCAUCCCUUGUCCUGUCAUGCUGGUUCUCUACUGUGCCAUGUUCCAGGGACUUCGGCGUUGGGAGGAGGCUCGGAAGGCCAAGCUGAAGAGCAGCAUCUAUUUGGGCAAUAGGCGGCUGUAUUGUCCACCACCUGUCAUUGAGAGGAACCAGACUGGGAUCAGGUUGGAGGAGAACAACCUAUAUGCCCGCUCUGAAUGUUCUUAUCCAAGGGAUUACAUGAACAGUGGCAUUCAGACUGUAUCCUAUCCACACCUAAGAUACCCGCCACAUGGAGGACUCAAAAGGAAACAGGCUAAAAUCAAUGGCCGAGAAAGGAAAGCCAUGAAGGUGUUGCCAGUUGUGGUUGGUGCUUUUCUUUUCUGCUGGACUCCUUUCUUUGUGGUCCAUAUAACCAGAGCUCUCUGUGUGUCCUGCACCAUUCCCAAUGAAGUCACCAGCAUAGUCACAUGGCUGGGCUAUGUCAAUAGCGCCCUAAACCCUAUCAUCUACACUAUCUUCAACACUGAGUUUAGGAACUUCUUCCGCAAAGUUUUGCACAUUUUCUGCUAAUACUUCUGGAUUCUAAAUAUAGAACUGGACUCUGAAUAUAGAACAGAGGGUAUUUCACCCUGCACCCAGUCAACAUAACAUCUUUGUAUAGUUUUAUUAAA